UGUAACUAAAACAACUCCCACAUCAAACCUCUAUAAACAACCCUUUUUCACAUCACAUUUGAAUCAAAAGUGAAAUUCAUUUAAUAAAUAAUAAAAAAAAAACCUAAAUUAGUUGUUCUAGCUCACAGUCACACCAACAACAACAGUUGCUGCCAUUCCCGUUGCCUACCGCCGGUACCGUCACCGGUGGGCCACAGUGAUCCUUCAAAGGAAUAUCUUGUGAAGACAUCAUCAAUUCAUGAUGAAAGAUUUGAUUAAACAAUCGCUAAGUUACUCAAAUCUCUAAAGAGGAAUUCAGUUUGGUUGUGGGGUUGGUGAGCAAAGGUGUUGUCGAAUUUCACUCAUAAACAAUCAUUAUUAAUUCACUACUCACAGUCACAGGGAUGGAAAGUGGUUUCCCCACAAAUGGCACUAUGUCUAUAUUGUGUGGUCAAGGGACAUGCUUGCUUUCCAAGACAUUAACGAGACAGAUGUCUUUUAAACUAAAAUCAGAAGCUAUGAAGUUUGACCUUUGCCAUGGUCUUGUUUCGCAUCAGCCUUUUCAGGUUUUGACUUGUAAGGAACUCUAUGUUGGGGGCUCUUCACAUAAAAGGUGCACUUUAAGCUAUUCAAAAUGCUCCGCUCACAAUAGAUAUCAUUCCAUUCCAAGGAAGCAUGACAUUGUAUCAUGGUGUUAUUCUGAUAAACAGGAGAAACCUAACAUACCACUUUUUGAUGUGACAAUGAAAAAACAAGAUAAGAUCCCCAGGCAUGUAAUUAUGAGAUCUGAACUUACCGGCACGGGCAUUCCUGAGGCUGCUUCCCCAUUAACAGAUAUAAGUUUGCGCUCCAAAGUUCGAGGGAUUUGCUUCUAUGCUGUUACUUCUGUAGUCGCAAUUUUCCUAUUUGUGGUGAUGCUGGUGGAGCAUCCUUUUGUACUCUUGCUGGAUCGAUACCGAAGAAAAGCUCAUUAUUUUAUUGCUAAAAUGUGGGCAAGUUCAACAGUCAGUCCAUUUUUUAAGAUUGAAGUUGAGGGAUUGGAGAAUUUGCCUUCGCCGGAUACUCCAGCUGUUUACGUCUCAAACCAUCAGAGCUUUCUAGACAUAUAUACUCUUCUCACUCUUGGUAGAACCUUUAAGUUUAUCAGCAAGACUAGCAUAUUUCUCUUUCCAAUUAUUGGAUGGGCCAUGUUUUUGUUGGGUGUGAUUCCUCUAAAGCGCAUGGACAGCAAAAGUCAGUUGGACUGUUUCAAGCGCUGCAUUGAUCUUGUAAAGAAGGGGGCCUCUGUAUUUUUCUUCCCCGAGGGAACACGGAGUAAGGAUGGAAAGUUAGGUGCUUUUAAGAAAGGCGCAUUCAGCAUUGCAGCGAAAACCAAAGUGCCAGUAGUGCCUAUUACCCUUAUCGGAACUGGUAAACUCAUGCCUCCGGGUAUGGAGGGUAUUUUGAAUACUGGAUCUGUUAAAGUCAUUAUUCAUAAGUCCAUAGAAGGAAGUGAUCCACAAGUACUGUGCAAUGAAAGUAGAAACAUAAUUGCAAAUGGCCUUCUCAGUCAUCUUGCCUGAGAUACUCACUCACUCACACUUUUUGUUUGGUCUGCAUGACUUGAUGCUAACCUCAAGGUGAGAAUCUGAAGUUAGUUCCUAAUGGUAUAUUUUCGUCUUGGUGUCUGUGGCCGGUAUGGUCAAUUUUGGUUUUGUAAGACUAGUACAGUUCGUUUUGUUUUUGUAUGGUUAAUUUAGUUUGAAUUGUAUUAGUUUUGAUAGUGUAACGAUAUUGUGAUUAUGUUCAUAAUGAGAAAAUUUGCGGCUAAA